CGCCGGAUUCGGCGGGCAAGCUGUGUUUGGAGCAUCAACAAGCACCACCGGUGGCUUCAAAUUUACCACCACGGACACCAAAGCCAGUUUUAGUGCUACAGAGACUGUCUCAACAGGUGGGUUUGGGGCCAAGCCAGCCUUUAGCGCCAGUGGUGUAGCCUCCGCUCCUUCCUUUUCCUUCACCACAGGCAGUGAUAAGGAUGCUGGUGCUCCCAGCUUCGGUGGAGGCAGUCCGUUCGGGGGCGACACCCCUUCUUUUGGAAGCAAGACUUUUGGACAAAUGUCCGGCGGUCCGUCCGGAUUUCCGUCCUCUUCUACUUCAUCAAACUUCCCUUCUGCAGGGGUGGCAAUAUUCGGGAGACAGGACCAAACGGAACAGAGUUCCGUCUUUGCCAAACCAGAGGAAACGAAAACAGGAGCUGCAGCCGUAUUUGGAGGAAAGGGACAAGACACGACAAACCAGAGUAAAGAAGCGGUUCUUGCCGGCGAAGGGAGGGAGGGCAGCCCUAGCAGGAGGCCAGUUAUCGACAGGAGCUCGAUUUUGAAGCGAUCGCGAGCUGACGCUGGUGACGAUGCUACCAAGAAAGUCAGCAGAAAGAUAAAUGUGGAGCCAAGCACAUCAGGACAGCCAAAAAGUCCUCAGAAGGCCGCAGCGGCAGUGGGGGCGGCAGAAGAUGACACUGAACUGGAACCGUAUAAACCCCUUGCACGGCCCAGUGAUACUGAACUGGAACCCUACAAACCCCUGGCACGGCCCCGGCUGUCAUCCUCCGACUCACAGUCAGGCACCAGGCGGUUCCUGACAAAAGAGGAGGUCAGCACACGGACAACCCUACGCUGCUCGGACGUCCCUAAAAUGUGCAACGACAAGGAAUUCCUCAGAAGGCACUUUUCCAAGUUUGGAAAGGUGGUCAGAGUCAACCCGAACCGCGACAAAAACACUGCUCUCAUCUCCUUUGCCGAUCAUAAAUCAGCCUCGGAGGCCAAGAAAAAGGGUCGGCUGCUGCAGAAGAACACUCGACCAAUCACGAUCUUUUGGGGAUCUGGCAAGACUUCUCCCAAGGGGAAGGCUGCAGCAGGUGGGGCAGAGUCCACAGACAGCAGUGUUGUAUAA